UUUAUUUUUGAUUGAUAUAAAAUCACACUCAGAGUCAGAAAGAUGCACAGAUAGCAAAGCAAGAAAGAUGCUCAUUCAAUCUCAGUGCUCCGUACUCUCUCCCAUUCGCCUCACAAACCCUCACCGCCGUUUACCAAUCAUCUCCCGCCGUGCCCCUUUUAACGCAUGUGGAAUGAAUGGAGCUGUUGUGAUCAGUACAUGGUUGGGGAGGAAAAAGAAUCGGGGAGUGACAGUUUCGGCUACGGAGGAGCAGAGCUCAAGCCUCAAUGUGCAGAAGAAAAGAAAGGUCAUUGACCACAUAUGCCUACUGAAAGCAAAGGAGGAUUUAUCUGAUGAGGAAGAGAAGGAUAUGCUGGAUUUUCUUUAUACAACCCAGUAUCAAAUGCGAGGCAUUCUUGCAGUAUCAUUAGGACGUAUCUCCAAUGAAAAUAUCGACAAGUAUACACAUGCUGUCUACAUGCGUUUCCAGAGAAAAGAAGACAUUGGGAAGUUUUACGAGAACCCUUUCUACUUGCGAGUACUCAAUGAGCAUGUAUUGCCUUACUGCCAUGGAUUGACUAAUGUGGAUUACGAAUCUGAAGUAGAAGAUGAUAUCAUACCUAUAUUCCGAAAAGGAGAGGAAUUCAACUUCGGUGUGGAGUUUGUGCUUCUGCUUUCCUUUGUUGAUAAUGCAUCCGGACGAGUGGAAGAGGCAUUAGUUUCUUUGGAAGGGCUUAUUAUGGGAUUUCCAUCCAUAAUAGUCCAAUCUACUCAAGGUCUGAAUUUUAAUCCCAGCAGCAAGGAGUAUACACAUGGAGUAGUGAUCCGAUUUCGGUCUCUUGACGGUUUUGAGAUAUUUGUGGGAAGCUCAGAGUACAAAGAAAUAUGGAAGUCUAAGUUUGAUCAAAUGACUCGGAAAACACUUUCGCUUCAUUUUUCAGUUGAUCCAGUCGGCAGUGAGAUUAUGUAGCGAAAAUUCUUUGAGCCUUGCAGGUCAUUGCAGAAAGCUCUGAGAGUGUGAUUAUAUGUAAACAGA